AGAUAAAUGUGGCCCAUUGCCCUUGUCUCCUAAGCAAAAGGCUAUGUUUUCCCGGUGGGUACGGCCAAAUGAUAUAACAAAUAAUCCCACUAUGAUCUAUACUGUGUCAAGCUUCAGCAUUAAACAGACAGUUGUAUCAGAUUGUUCCUUUGUUGCUUCACUUGCUAUCAGUGCAGCUUAUGAGAGAAGAUACAACAAGAAAUUGAUUACAAGCAUCAUUUACCCACAGAAUAAAAAAGGAGAACCAGAAUAUAAUCCAUGUGGAAAAUACAUGGUCAAGCUGCACAUCAAUGGUGUCCCUAGAAAGGUGGUCAUUGAUGAUUUGUUACCAGUAGAUCACAAUGGAGAACUUCUCUGCUCCUAUUCAAACAACAAAAAUGAGCUCUGGAUAUCAUUGAUAGAAAAAGCUUACAUGAAAGUCAUGGGAGGUUAUGAUUUUCCAGGUUCAAAUUCAAAUAUUGAUCUUCAUGCACUGACUGGUUGGAUACCUGAGAGGAUUGCCAUGCACUCAGACAAUCAAACAUUUAACAAGGAUAGUUCCUUCAGAAUGCUUUACCAAAGAUUUCACAAGGGGGAUGUGCUUAUUACAACAGCCACAGGAGUGAUGACUGAUGAAGAAGGGGAACGUUGGGGUUUAGUACCAACCCAUGCCUAUGCUGUUUUGGAUAUUAGAGAAUACAAGGGUCUUCGCUUUCUCCAGUUGAAAAAUCCCUGGAGCCAUCUACGUUGGAAAGGGAGAUACAGUGAAAAUGAUAUCAAGAGCUGGACUCCUGAACUUCAGAAAUACUUAAACUUUGAUCCCAGAACAGCUCAAAAAAUAGACAAUGGAAUUUUCUGGAUUACUUGGGAAGACUUAUACAAAUAUUACGAUGUUAUUUAUUUGAGUUGGAAUCCAGGUCUUUUUAAGGAAUCCACCUGCAUUCACAGUACCUGGGAUGCAAAACAGGGUCCUGUGAAAGAUGCUUACAGUUUGGCUAAUAAUCCACAGUACAGGCUGGAGGUUCAGUGCCCACAGGGUGGUGCUGCAGUCUGGAUUCUACUCAGUCGACACAUUACUGACAAGGAUGACUUUGCACACAACCGGGAAUUCAUCACAAUGGUGGUCUAUAAAACUGAUGGGAAAAAAAUAUACUACCCUGCUGAUCCUCCACCCUACAUUGAUGGGAUUCGAAUCAAUAGUCCCCACUAUCUAACCAAAAUAACACUCACUUCUCCAGGAACUCACACAUUUACACUUGUGGUUUCUCAAUAUGAAAAACAGAACACAAUUCAUUACACCCUCCGGGUGUAUUCAGCAUGCAAGUUUACCUUUUCUAAGAUUCCAACACCAUAUGCUGUAUCAAGAAGGAUGAAUGGACAGUGGAAAGGUCACAGCGCUGGAGGAUGUGGAAAUUUUAGAGAUACUUGCAAAAAUAACCCUAUAUACCAGUUUCAAAUGGACAAGACUGGGCCACUCCUUCUUGAACUAAGAGGACCAAGGCAAUACAGUGUUGGACUUGAAGUUGUAACAGUCUCUUCAAUAGGAGAUCCGGGAUCUUUGGGUUUUCAAAAGAAAAAUAGUGGUGAUUACAGGUGUGGCUUUUGCUAUCUGGAAAUCGAGAAUAUACCUCCUGGUACGUACAAUAUUAUUCCAAGCACUUUCCUCCCACAACAAGAAGGACCAUUUUUCUUGGACUUCAAUACUGCUAUCCCUCUUAAAAUAUCACAGCUCCAAUGAGGUUACCUGCAAAACCAUUUUUAAUAAAAAUGGCAAAAGUAUAGCUGUCAUACUGAAUCUACUGAGAAAAUGUUUAUAUGGGAAUACAGAAAAGGAAUGUGGACUGUCAUAAGAAAAAUUGCACUUAAAAUUGGAGUGCUUAAUAUCUUUAUGGUUUGCAAAGUGGAAAACAUUUCUGUUAUUUGUGCUGUGGCAAAGUUGAGGCAAGCAAAAAGAUUUGCUUAUUUACCCUGAUAUUUAAUUUUGCAUAUAUAUAAAAUUGGCAUUUUAUAUAUAUUAUGGGGAUUUUUAAAAUUCCAUUUUUCUCGUCAGCUUUGUUUUUUCUUAGUAGUAUGUCAAACAGCUUCAAUUCCGUCUGCUUAAAAUGGAUAGUUGUCCUG